CAAGUUAAGUUGACCCAUUGCACAUGUGAGAAUGUACUGACUGAAGGUGUAAGCAGAUAAUUUCAGAUAUUUAAUAAUCGUACUAAGAAAACAUGAACAAAAAGAGGACUACUACAACUGAGGAAACAGAGGAGAAGGAUCCGUCAGAUUCUUCCAAUGGCGAGGAGGAAGACCAGGAUGAGGGGCCCGCGAAGGCCAAAAGGACCAAGCCCGGAACAGGCGGUGAGGAAGGGUUCGUCCGUCCAGUGAAGAUGUCCCGGGGCGACCUUUACCGGCCUCCCACGGCGGAGGAGCUGAACCAGUUGAAGGAGGCAGAGAGCCUGUUCCAUUGCAGUCUUCUCAAGAUGCAGAUGGAGGAGCUGUUGAAGGAAGUCGCCCUGAGUGAACGCAGGAAGCAGCAGAUUGACUCUUUUGUCCAGAAGAUCACUGAGCUGUUACACGAUGUUCCUGAGUCUCCAGAGGUGGAGCUGAGUGACCUGUCGUGGUUGUCUGGUGGGGUAAAGGUGCCGUUUCUCCUGGUGCCCAAGGCUGCCAAGGGCAAGUUCCACAUGGUCCCUCCCGCCUCUGUCAAUGUGAUUGGCAGCUACCCUCUGGGCACCUGCACCAAACCUCGGAUCUCAAUCGACCUAGCGGUCACCAUCCCUGCUGACGUGCUCCACCCUAAGGACGCCCUGAACCAGCGCUACCCCAGGAAGAGGGCUCUCUACCUGGCCGGUCUGGCUCAGCACCUGGCCUCUUCCCCAGCCAUCGGGACCAUGAGCUACUCAUGUCUCCACGGCAACCGCCUUCGCCCCCUUCUGCUGCUAACCCCCCCAGGUAAAGACUCCAGCUUCACGGUGCGUCUCCACGCCUGCCCCCCUCCCAGCUUCUUCAAGCCCAGCCGCUUCCACCCCCAGAGGAACAACAUCCGGACGGAGUGGUACACCGGCUUGGAAGCCUCCCAGUCAGAGUCCAGCGAGCCCCCCACCCCCCACUACAACAGCUCUGUGCUGGGGGACCUGCUGCCCCGAGCCCACCUGCAGUUCCUGUCUGCAGUCAGCUCCCAGUGCCCGGCCUUCCCCCAGGGCCAGGCCCUGCUCAGGGUGUGGCUCCGACAGAGGGAGCUGGACCAGGGCACUGGGUGUUUCAGUGGCUUCCUGGGCUCCAUGUUGCUGGCCUAUCUUCUCUCCACGCACAGAAUCAGUAACACCAUGACAGCCUAUCAGCUGCUUCGAAACAGCCUGCACUUCCUGGCCUCCACCGAUCUCACAGUGAAUGGAAUCACCCUGGCCAAAGACCCGGAUUCAACAGCGCCGUCUUUAUCAGACUUCCACAGUGCCUUCCACGUCGUGUUCGUCGACCCCUCAGGCCACCUCAACAUGUGCGCCGACAUGACCACCUUCACCUAUAAACAAGUACAGCACGAGGCGACGCUUUCGCUGCAGUUCUGGGACGACCCUACGGUGGACGGGUUCCACGCUCUGCUGAUGACCCCUAAACCCAUGAUCAGAACCGCGGACCACGUGUUCCAGCUGUGUGAGCUGGUCAAGCUGCAGUCCAGCUGUAAGAAGAUGAACCUCCUCGGGGAGCUCAUGGACCACGGCGGAAACUACAUCCAGACUGCGCUCCCUUUUAUCCUGUCCCUCCUGCAACGAGGGCUCGGGCAAAGGAUCCACCUCCUCACCCACUCGCUCUCCCCAGACCCCGAGUGGUCGGUGGACAGCGAAGCACCGAAACACAAGACCCAGCCUCCGCUGUCCUUCGGCCUGCUGCUGGUCCCAGAGCACGCCGCCUCCGUGCUGGAGAGAGGCCCCUCAGCAGACAGCCCCCAGGCUGUGGAGUUCCGGCAGCUGUGGGGCCCUCGCUCCGAGCUGCGUCGCUUCCAGGACGGGGCCAUCACCGAGGCUGUCCUGUGGGAGGGGGAGAGCACCUGGCAGAAGAGGCUGGUCCCCCGGCAGGUCAUCACACACCUGCUGCAGCUGCAUGCUGACAUACCUGAGUCGUGCGUGCGCUACGUAGGUGGGAUGCUGGAUGAUGUCAUCAAAGUGGGACGCGAGGUGUGCAGCACAGGGGAUGAGGAGAGUCUGAAGGUUGUCCAGGUGUAUGACGACCUGAGCAGGAAACUCUGGGCUCUGGGAGGACUUCCUCUGUCCAUCACCUCAGUCCAGGGAGCACACCCCGCGCUCCGCUACACCCAGGUGUUCCCCCCCACGCCCCUGGUGCUGGACUACUCCGUCUUCGACAAAGACAAGCUGACCAAAUCCCUACUGCCUCAGGAAGGCAAGCCGUGUCCAGCCUACAUCACCCCGAUCAAAGUGAUCUGUCACAUGGAGGGCAGCGGGAAGUGGCCCCACGACAGGCAGGCCCUCCGCCACAUCAAGGCCGCCUUCCACGUGCAGCUGGGGGAGCUGCUGAGCGCGCAGCAGCGCUACGUCUGCCGGCCCGCCCCCACCCACCUGGACGUCUGGAAGAAUGGCUUGCUGUUCCGUAUCCAGGUGGCGUACCACCGCGAGCCCCAGGUGCUGAGGGAGAGUGUGAGCCCGGAGGGACUGCUGGUGGUCAGGGACAACGAGGAGGCCCAGGCCCUGGAGAUGGAGACCAUCCACAAACCCCUCCUGACCAGCACCCUGCACGGGCUCCAGCAGCAGCACCCAUGUUUUGGGGCGGCGUGUCGUCUGGCCAAGCGGUGGCUGGGGGCUCAGCUCUUCAGCGAUGACAUCUCAGAGGACACGGUGGAUCUGCUGGUGGCGUCGCUCUUCCUGCAGCCCGCCCCCUUCGCGCCUCCUGGUUCUCCUCAGGUGGGCUUCCUUCGUUUCCUCCAUCUGCUCUCCUCCUUCGACUGGAGGAACAACCCCCUUGUAGUAAACCUAAACAACCAGCUAACUGCGGCUGACUACACUGAGAUCAAGAACGACUUCAUGGCCUCCAGGGAGUCCCUGCCCGUCAUGUUUUUAGCCACGCCCAAAGACAGGAAGUUGUCCAUCUGGACCAAGCAGGCCCCAUCUGUACAGAUGCUGCAGCGCGUGGUGAUGGUGGCCGCCGAGAGCCUCAAGGUCCUGGAGCCCCAGCUGAUGGAUGCGGGUCAGGUGCAAGACGUCAAGGUGGCCAUCCGCCCACCGUUGGACGCCUAUGACGUCCUGAUCCACCUGAACCCCAAGCAGGUUCCCCUGCUCAGCCAGGCAGUGGACUUGCCCAGCACCACCUUCAGCCGGGGAACCCUGUCAGGCAAAACCCACCGACCCGGAGGGGCCAUGCCGGUCAUCGACUUCAACCCCGUCAGCUGCUACCUGGCCGAGCUCAGAGACGCAUUUGGGGACUUGGCUCUGUUCUUCUGUGACCCCUAUGGCGGCACUGUGAUCGCGGUCCUGUGGAAACCAAAAGCCUUCAGCCCCCAGCCAUUCAAGACUUCCCAGAUAGCCGCUCGCCACGUGGAGGUGAGCGGGGACGAGGCCCAUAGCGUACCCAACGUCGAGGCCAUGUUGGAGGACUUCCGAGUCAUGGGAAAGGGCCUGGUCAAGUCAGUGGAUGCCAGGACAGAAAAAUGGAUGGUGUAGACUUAGGAGCUAUGCCUUACCCAGCCGCUGAUAAACAGAUGCAAGCAUACGUGUGCAUGUACAUGUUCACUAGAUGUGCACUAGCAUACGUAAACCUUGCUUCUCUGUGUGGACCACUGACACAAUUCCAUAUUUGUAAGGGUGGUAUUGAUAUACCACCACAGACAGGCAGACUUGAUCCCUUAUCUAUAUAAGACUUGGUCUCCAAUUUUGUAUAAUGAAGACAAUUGAAACGAUAUGUAACCUACCCAACAGUAUGAAAAUACUGCACACUUGUGUAGAUGCAUGCCUCUAACCAUGUGAUCUUUGGCCAUGUUGGUGUCUAAUAACAUCUCAUUAAAUACUUCUUGAAUACAUAUAUCAUUAAAUAACACUUAUUGCCAUAGAGGUAAGAUAUAUAAGUAUUGAUUUGACCAAGGACUUGGUCAACUGUUGGUAUAGGCCAUUUGUUUGGUGACCAGCAGGGGGGGUAUAUUUUUAAUGUGUACACUGUUUGUACACAGUGUUUAGUAGGCGUACUGAGGGGAAAGAUGCUCAGAUACUCAGUGCCGGGUAAAUAAGGUUUAAGGGAAAUGGUUUCACAGGAACCUGUUUUAUAUAGUUGUAUUGUUGGUAUUUUAAAGGUAGGUUAUUUUGUCAGUUAACUUUUGUAACUGCAUUUGGAACAACCUGUAUGACCAGUUCUCAAUCACAUGUUCUUAGAGAGAUUUUCCUAGAACUGAAACUGUUAAAUUGCCCUACACACAUUUCUUCACGUCUCAUCUUGUUUACAAAUUGGUGAAGUUUCCGAAGCUUCCGUGACAGGGUGCUUGGUCCGUUGUAUCAUGUGCAAGCCCAAGAUCACACAGACAUUCAGGACUCUCCACACAUUCUAAUAAACUCUUGUGCAUUA